CGCAUCUUUCAGCAUAUGUAUGCUAAGUCAAUGUUUAAUAUUUUAAAUAUGUAACGUGGUAAGCGAGCUAUUUAGUCAAAGUAGUACGACAAGGAGUUCCACUCACAGUGCACUGUCGACAUUGAGGCGCUUAAUGCCCGUGCAACAUUGCAACAUCUUGUCGACUUUAGCAGGUGUGUAUGGUAUUGCGAGAGUAUUUGCAGUUACAAGAGGUGACGAGAUCACAACACUGUACUGAUCUGCUAGUAUUAAUACAACUCUAAGUUAUGACUCAUUUAGGGAGAUUGCCUAUUUGUCAUGACUGUCUUACCACGUGAAGACGGCUGAGAUCAUGUUUUCGAGCGUGCUUAAUGUCAUGUACGCGCAAUGACUAUAUUGGUGAUGGUGCAUGCACCGUAAGCCAUAAUCGAGAUCCGUAAUGAUGCGGCCAUAGUGGAUUCUGCAACGAGCAAAAUCGAGUCACUGCAUCCAGCCCCGAAAUUCCUCUGAGUCUACCGUCUAAAAAGGGAACAUGAAUCUAGUGCUUCUGAAUUUGGACGUCUCUAUAGAAAGUUGACGAUAAAAUAUCAUCGGGAUACGUUCACCUGCUCGUAGUAUGAUGGCUCGACAAUUAUUUUUACUGGUAGAGCCAAGCAGCUUAACUCUGAUUGCAAUAGUCAGUGACUCUGGAUCUGAAUAUCCGCCACUCCAUCUCCACACUAUAUGGAGUACCGCAAUGAUCUCAAUGCACCAGACAUCCGACAAAAGAACUCGUUUAACCGCAGUCGCGUUCGAUGCUAUGGCUGCACUAUAGUAAUUCGAUCAAAGUACCCACACGAAUGAGGCCCAGUUUAAGCGCCAGGAUAAACAUAGCAGACCUCAUCUUCUCUACCAAACAAUGCUGGAACCAAAUCAUUGCGCAUCGUCGCAAGCAGCACAACCUGGGUUCCUAAUAAGAUUACUAUUGACGAGCUCUCCGGCAUUCAAUAUUCUUCGUAAUCACUCAUUCGAGUUUGAUAUAAUCUUUGCAACUCUUACACAUCGAUCUGUGAAGCGACAUGCGUCCUCACGGACUGGAUAGGGUUUCUUUGCCUUCCGGCCCGGGAUGCGCGACAUUAAAAUUAAGCAACUCGAAUGUGCUUAGGACCAACUGCACUCAACAAGAUCGAAUGUAUCGAAAUCCGGCAAAUUGUCGGCUUUUUUAUAAAAAGAUGAUUGAGAGCUCGUGGUUUGAAUCUUUACACACCAGCGCCAAUAAAAUUGCGUGUUCACAUCCAUCCUGUCAACAUGCGGAGAAGUAACAGCACAUACUUAAUCACUUUCUUGCAGCUUUUUCGAGAGUGCGCCGACCUACUUGACCUGAGACCCUAAUGGACGAGAAGUUUGCAGUUGAAAACUUGGAAAGUAACGUCAGUACCUAGCUGAAGGCACCAACUAUAGCAGCGAUGGAAGUACAUCGUCGGUCAUCUGGUGCAUGUAUUACAAGAGCAAUUUGUUUUUCGCCAAAAAGAUGACUACAAAUGAUAUCGGAGUGGAGUGCCCGACAAAUUCGCUGUGCGAAUUUUAAAUAUGCCGAUGCCACUUGAUGACUAUUGGGGGCACCUCGUACCAACUCGAAGCCCCCAGCAACUGAGCAUAUUCCUCAUCAGUUUGUUUACCUACUUGAUACGAACAUUUUUUAAUUAGCGCAACAUUUGUUCUGCAAUGAGUUGUAUUCUUCCCAGUACUUUUCCGUCCACUCCGUGUGCGAAGCAUUAGCAGCGCCAACGCCUCUCACAUUCUGCAGGAGCAAUCCAAAUAUUAGAUUGUCACGGCAAGCUAAUCUUUGCCUGAUCGAAGGCAUUUCAUGCAUCGCGCUAUUUUUAAUUUUCACUGAUCAGCAAGGGUUCGCCGAUAUUUGUCGAAUUCAUGACGUGCAGUUCUCCUACGAUUCCGUAAUCUUUGGUGUGAAUACUUAUCGUAAUGAAGACGCUAGUCACGCCUUACUGCUGGUAGUAGAUGGACAACUCUGCUGCAAUGCUGUCUAAAUUGAUCUCUUUCUCGGCUCAAUUUUUAAAAGAGAGACCCGAUGGAUUGAUCCCACCGCAGCUCGUUGGACUCCUUAGGUAAGGCUAUCAUGGACCAAUGAAUGUUCACUAGCCGCUUUUACGGGCUCUGCUGAACUUGCAAUCACGAGCAAUUCCGCAGCACUCUAGUCAGUCGCUUUCUCAAUGCUUGAGGCCAAAACUCAAACUGCUGUGCCAAUGCAAUUUAGCUUCACCGGAAGUUCUGCCUUUUAGAGUAUGGAUCUACCAUAUGGAAAAUAAUGCAGAUUGCGCAGUCUCGAAUCUCGCAGUCCUGCCGGUAUACGCCUCCUAAAUGCCGUUCGAGUGAAUUUCCAAAUGUCAACUACCGUUCCGAAAAAAGUAUUCCUCAAUGGGUUCUGCCAAAAUCAUGCUGUAAACUAGCGAUCAUGCCCGAGUAAAUUGUAAAACUUAUUGCUGCCGAAGUCUUAACACCCCUCCAGCAUAUUUCGUUUUCGUGACACAUCGAGCUGCUAGAACUGCAUCGUGGUCUUCAGUUACGACUUUAACUUCUUUUCCGUGAGAACUUGUAAUUCACUGGCACAGUUGAAGGAAUAUCAGAGUCUUCCAUGAAAUAUGAAUCUUCUGAAGCAUCACGUAUCCUAUGAUCACAUUGUUCUGGGCAGCUAAUUUAGACGAAGCCAAUACGAUCAAGAGCCACACAGUCUUGGCCAUCUUGGUCAAGAUCGCGGGAAACAUUGUAGCAAGUGUUUUCUUAAAGAAGCGAUACCAGCGUCACAGAAUCGAGGUGUCAAUUCGUCAGCAUGAAGUCUGGAGUGCCCAUACUGUCGUAGACAAUUCAACUCCUUGUAUAUAUUUUCUCAUUAGCAAUUACCUUCGUUAAAAGUCUUUUGGUAAGAUCACAUCAAAUCUUGUUGUAAUGGCGCGACGGUCUCAGUCUUGUAGCUCCCACAUGGCCUUGUUGCAUAAAUCGCUUUCGACGAAUCGACGCAUUUUCAAAAGUGUUUUCGAUCAUGUUGUCAUCAGCCAGAUCUCGGGCAGUUUUAAAGACAGCACCUGAGACCUUGGUCACCGAAGACGCUAAA